AUGGACGACGACGGCGGAAUGUCGCUCUUCGAAGGGAUGGACUUCGUCGAUCCCUCCACGCUCCUCUCCCCACCCCGCGCCGUCGACGCCGCGAGCACUCCGCCAUUCGAGUCGCCUGACUCUUCCCGCGCCGCUCCUCUCGCCGAGGCACAGCACCAAGAGCUUCCCUCAGCAGGCGAUCUAGCCAAGCCAGGUUCUUCCUCUCAAUCCCCGAUACAAGCUCCCUCAUCCGCUUCGUUAGAAUCGUCUGUAGCUCCGGGCGGCACAGACGAAGCGAGAAAGUCCGCACCGCUGGACGCUUCACUGUUCACUUCGGAACCCGCAGCCACACUAGCAGACACGUCACCAGCCACGUCAGCGGUCUCUGCAGCAGCCAUUGCGGAAUCGGCGACGGGAAGCCCGUCGCUGCUGUCUCCCGCGGCCGCCCUGGCAGCCCUCUCGCCUUCCGUUGCCGUCCUCUCGCCGUCCGUGCUUCCUGUAGCGGCAACGGCCGGCAGCGGUGGCUCGCCCAUUACCGGCUCACCCAGCGCCAGCGUGGCAGGCUCGGUGACCUCCUCAGGCGCUCUGUUAGCCGGUUCCGUUGCCAAGCCUGUCGGCGUGGUUCGGAAGAAGAAGCGGAGCAUCAGGAUCGGGUACGAGCGGGACUCAGGAGAGGAGUCAUCAGGUUCGGCGGGGGCAGUGGCGGCGAGAUCUGCGGACGCGAGUGGCAGCAGUGGCGCAGCGGGGCUGGCAAGUUUGCGGAGCAGCCAAUCAGAAAGUGAGAUUGCUACCGCCGACGGAGGGGCUGCGGGGGCGGGCAGGGGGAGUCUUUCGGAAGCAGCCGACGGCUUGGAUGAUUCUCGUGGCACUGAGGCGGCUGCUGCUGUUGCUGACGACAGCAAAGCUGGCAGUGACGUCAUGACAGAUGAGACGAAGAGUGGUGUGAUUAACGUGUCCUCAGCAACCAAUGGGAUAUCAGAAGGAAUUGAGGCGGAGGAGAAGAAGAGCGCUGUGGAGGAAGCAGCAGAAACUGCUGAUGUGGCAGGAAGUGAAGGAGUGGGGCCUCAGGAGGGAGAACAUAAAGUUGCUGACCUGUUGCCUCCUCCAGCCAUGUCAGCCGCCCCUGCUGAUGCAGCCACGUCAGGCCCGGACGAGGCUGGAAAGGACGGAACGGAGGCAACAGGGGCAGACGGUGAAGAAGGGACAGCACGGGCAGAAGCGGCAGAAGGGAAGGAGGCGGAAACAGAAGAGACAGCAGGAGCCAUGGCGACAGGAAGGGACGACACAGGGGGUGCGAAGGGUGGGGAUGGAAACAACGAUGAGGAGGCAGAAGCUGGGCUCGGUGGAGAGCUAGAGCAGCAAGUGAAACGCCUCCUUGCUGACGUGGCAGCUAAUCUGACCGCUGUCCAGGCCAAGAUCCGCGAUGCCACGUCAGCGCGGAAACGGGCGGUCCAGAUGCGCCGGCAGGCAGCCCAGCGGGCGGCAGCGGCAGCGAAGCGAUUGGAGGAGAUUGAAGCUGAGCUGGCGGCAGCAUGCGAGGCGGAGGAGUUUGAGCUAGCGGACGAGCUGAGCCAGCGGGCAGAGCGGGCGGCGGGCGAGGUGAAGGACUGGGGCGGCGAGGUGGCGCAGGCGGAGGAGCAGGUGGCGCGCUGCAGCGCUGAUGUGCUGCGGCUGACGAGUGAGGAGGCGGAGAUUGAGGUCGGCGCUGCUGAGGCCCUCUGGCGGAUUCACCGGGAGGGGAUGGCGAGUGAAGACGCAGGUCGGCAAUGUUGGGCAAGCCUUAUUCCCGCUUCCCAACUUUUCACCUUUCCCCCCUCCCGACCGUUCGCUCUCGCCGCACUCCCAUCCUCGCCUUCUCCCUGCCAGCAAGCUGCAGCAGCAGCGGCAGAAGCCAAGCAGGCAGCGCAGCAGCAGGGCGAGGAGGAGGAAGGGCGGGUGGCAGCAGAGGAGGCUGACGUGGACAUCAAGAAGCGCAAGCUGGCAGUUGAGCGGCGCGUGCUGGACGAGGAACGUGCUGAGCUGGCAGCCAAGGUGGACGCUGCCACGUCAGCGGAGCGCCAGGAACGUGCUGAGCUGGAGAAGGGGCGUGCUGAGCUGGAAGCUGAGCUGGCUGCGCUGAUGGAGCAAGUGCGUGCAAAGGAGCGGGAGAUAGAGCAGCAGAAUGUGCUUAUAGCGAAGGUGGAUGGGAAGAUCUCAGCCGUUGCCGGCAGGGAGGAGCUGGCAGCCGCGGAGAAAGACGCCCAGGCGGACCUGGAGGCACUCGCACAGGCCAUGGGCGAGGUGAAGACGAGCCUGCAGGAGCUGAGUGGCGCACGGCAGAAGGCGCAGGAGGAGCUGGCGGCGGUGCACCAGCGCCUGGCAGCCGCCGCGCGGCGCAUCCCCGAGCUGGACGCGCAGAAGAAGGCGGCGGCCGCCGCCCGCAACUUCAAGGAGGCCGCCCGGCUGGCCGCCGAGGCCAAGCUCUUCUCCAACGAGCGUGAGGCCGCGGAGCGGCAGGUGAAGGAGUAUGAGGAGGAGAUUGGGCGGGUGGAGAGGGAGGAGGCGGGGAAGCAGGAGGAGGUGCGGGCCAUGGAGGAGAUGGUGAGGGAGCGAGAGAGGGAGGUGGGCGUGGCACGGUGUGCACGGUUGAGACUGGUGGCGGCGGUGGCGUGGAGGGAGAUGGAGGCGGCGGCGGAGGGGGAGGACUGGGAGGAGGCGGAGGGGCUGCAGGGGGAGGCGGAGGCGGCUGAUGGGGAGGCUGAUGCGCUGCAGCUGCAGUGGGGACUGCAGGGGGAAGAGUAUGAGAAGAGGGAGUGA